GACCCAACAGCGACAAAAAGAAUAUCAUGACAAAAGAAUUAAGCUAGAAAAAUUUAAAAUUGGAGAACAGGUCCUAGUGUAUAAAUCUGCCAAAGAAAAGAUUUAUGGUGACAAGCUAAGAAAGAAAUAG